AUGAUUCAGGACUCCGGACCUCAGAAGUUGCUCUCCAGCAAUGCCGAUCCUGUAAGAUCUAGUGCAAUGCAAAAGAAAAUACGGCAAAAGUAUUUUAAAAAUGAUGCCGUAAUUAAAGCUUAUAAGUGUGAUUUGAUGAGCCAGAAUAUAAAUACUCCUGUUAAGCUAUACGUUUGUCAUUCGGCCUUAAAUCUUGUCCAUCGUCCGAAGCGAAAAAUACUGACAGCACUCCUCUACAGUCAAAUCGUUGAACUUAAAGUCCAAAAUGAACACUAUGUAAAUAUACUCACCACUAGUAACGAGACGUACACUUUGGCUAACUUUGAACGAUCAGACUCAGCUAUAGCUUUCCUACGCAAUUAUUGGGAGGUCAUUUUAAAAGAAAAGUGUUUCUCUACAUCGUAUGGAAGUUCGCCAGUUAACAGAUUAUUUGUUAACAGUAAUAAUAACACUAAUGAUCCUUUAACUCACCCAAAUGCAAUUAUAAGUGAUCUCUACAAUCGUUUGCUGAUUUCAAAAGGUUCAACUACUGUCAGUUUAACAAGUACCAGUGGUGGUGCCACAGGAAGUAUUAGCAAUAGUGAAACAGAGAGCGUUGUUGGUGUAAAAAAACAAGAAUCUUCAAUUCGUAAAUUCAGUCUGAACGUCCGUAAACCAUCUCCCAUUGAAUUCAAUCAAUUAAAUGAAGAAACAACAAAUAAAAAUGUCGAUAUUGGAUCCAACGUUGUUACUCAACAUGAUGAUGAUUCCAAUGCUACCAGCCCAAUUGUAAAUAAUCUAUAUACCACUUCAACCCUUCAAAUAUCCCUAUGA